AUGCUCCACACUCGCUAUUUGUUUAAUCUGUUUAACAUUCUAGCCUUUCAAACAAGGUUUUUCAGCACUUCCUCUUCUAUAUUAGAUCUAUGCACCAAACCACACCACCUUCAACAAAUCCAUGCCAGGUUUUUCCUCCAUGGCCUCCACCAAAAUACAGCUCUUUCCUCCAAACUCAUGGAUUGUUAUGCCAAGUUUGGACUCCUGAGUUUAUCCCAGAAACUAUUUUACUUUGCUGAAAACCCAGAUUCAAUUCUUUACAGUACAAUCUUAAGAAAUUGUUCUCAGUUAGGUGAAUAUGAAAAGGCCCUCUUUUUGUACAGAGAAAUGGUUGAGAAAUCCGUGUACCCAGAUGAAGAAAGUUGCCUUUUUGUUUUGAGAUCUUGUCUUUCUGUGUCCCGUGAACAAGGGAAGGUAGUUCAUGGUCAGAUAGUGAAACUGGGUUUGGAUGCAUUUGAUUUGGUGGGUAACACUUUGAUAGAAUUGUAUGAUAUAAAUGGUUCUUUGAAAGGGCAUGACCCAGAUGAAAGAAAGUCUGUGAUGGAAUUGAAUUAUUGGAAUGACUUGAUGUCUGAGGCUUGUCAAAGUGGGAAAAUGGAGGAAAGCAUUGAACUCUUUUGUAGGAUGAGAAAGGAGAAUAUCCAACCUAAUUCAAUUACUGUGUUUAACUUGUUAAGGUCAGCUGUUGAUUUGAACUCAUUGAAGAUAGGACAAGCUCUCCACGCACUGGUUGUUGUGAGCAACUUGUGUGGGGAACUAACUGUGAAUACUGCACUUUUGUCAAUGUAUGCUAAGUUGGGUAGUCUAGAAGAUGCAAGAUUGCUGUUUGAGAAAAUGCCUGAGAAGGACCUUGUAGUCUGGAACAUAAUGAUUUCAGCAUAUGCAGGCAAUGGGUGCCCUAAGGAAUCCCUAGAACUUUUGUAUUAUAUGGUUAGAUCAGGAAUUAGACCUGACUUGUUCACGGCAAUCCCUGCAAUUUCAUCAGUCACACAGUUAAAACAUACUGAGUGGGGAAAGCAAUUGCAUGCUCAUGUGAUAAGAAAUAGUUCAGAUUAUCAGGUAUCCGUUCAUAAUGCUCUUAUUGACAUGUAUUCUUCAUGCAAUGGCUUAAAUUCAGCACAGAAGAUUUUUGACUUGAUAACGGACAAGACUGUGGUUUCAUGGAGUGCAAUGAUCAAAGGAUAUGUAAUGCAUGACCAGUGUCUUCAGGCUCUAUCUCUAUUCUUAAAAAUGAAGUUGAGGGGUACUAGAGUUGACUUCAUUAUAGUCAUUAACAUCUUGCCUGCCUUUGCAAAUAUAGGGGCAUUGCAUUAUGUAAGAUACUUACACGGUUACACAUUGAAAGCCAACCUUGAUUCACUCAAAUCGCUUAAGACAUCGCUUCUUAGUAGCUAUGCAAAAUGUGGAUGCAUAGAGAUGGCCAGGAAGCUUUUUGAUGAAGAGAAAAGCAGCCAUAAAGAUAUAAUUGCGUGGAACUCUAUGAUCAGUGCAUAUUCUAAACAUGGAGAGUGGUUUCAAUGUUUUCAGUUGUACAACCAAAUGAAACUUUCAAAUAUUAUACCAGACCAAGUAACAUUUCUAGGGCUGCUCACAGCUUGUGUAAAUUCGGGCCUUGUGAAUAAAGGCAAGGAGAUUUUCAAGGAGAUGGUGGAAAAAUAUGGUUACCAAGCUAGUCAGGAACACCAUGCUUGUAUGGUUGAUCUACUAGGACGUGCUGGACAAAUUGAUGAAGCAAGUGAAAUAAUAGAAACUAUUCCCUUCAAUUCAGAUGCCAGGGUUUAUGGCCCCUUGUUGAGUGCCUGUAAGAUGCACUCACAGACCCGUUUAGCAGAACUUGCUGCUCAUAAGCUUAUAAAUAUGGAACCUAAAAAUGCUGGAAACUAUGUAUUGCUCUCCAAUAUAUAUGCUGCUGCAGGAAAGUGGGACAAAGUUGCUCAAAUGAGGAGUGUUCUAAGAGAUAGAGGACUAAAGAAAACACCAGGCUGUAGCUGGCUAGAAUUAAAUGGACAAGUACAUGAGUUUCGUGUUGCAGAUCAAUCUCAUCCAAAAUCAGAGGAUAUAUAUUCAGUAUUAAAAAUGCUGGAGUUGGAAGCAGGGGAUCUGGAGGAUGAUCUUGAACUCUUUGACUCUCCUAUUAUUUUAAGUGUUGUGAAUUGCAUAUGAAUCAACUCAAACACC